AUGCAAGCUGAGAGCUUGGUGGUGCCCAAGGGCUCGGCGCGGCAAUACACUUCCUUCACGCGUACUCUGACGAAGAUUGCGGGCCAGGAGGGCUUGUGGGUGCUGUGGGGCUCUGGGAUUGUGUCGGCCUGCUAUCGCGACGUGUUUUAUUCGUCCAUCCGCUACGGUGCCUACCCGAUUGUGAAGAAUCUGUUGUUUCCCUCGUCACCUGGAAGCGGAGAUAUCGGCCUGACCCGCAAGUGGGUCUGCGGUGUCUUGACGGGCGGUUUUGGUGCGGCGUUGGCCAACCCAAGUGACAUUGUCAUGAUUCGCAUGAAGGCUGAGGCAGGCCGCAUCGAGAACAAUCGAUAUGUCACUGGGCUGUACCAGGGUCGCCAACCCCGCUACAAGAACGGCUUUGAAGGCCUGAUUCGUUUGCUCCGCGAGGAGGGCAUCCGUGCUGCCUACAAGGGCACCUCAGCGACUGCUGCACGCGCUGCCUUGGGAACCGGAGCUCAGGUGGCGUCCUACGAUCACUGCAAAUAUUUGUGCAAGAAACACAACGUUGGGCCUCUGGGCAAGGAGGGUUUGCCGUUGCACGUGUUCAGCGCCUUUGUGGCUGGCAUCUGCUUCACGACGUGUGCGGCACCCGCGGACAUUAUCAAGUCUCAGUACAUGGCCGAGACGGGCCGCUUCAAAUCAGUCUUAGAUUGCGCCGUGCAGCUUGUCCGGACCGAGGGAGCGGCGGCUCUGUUCCGUGGUUGGACGCCAGCGGCCAUGCGCCUGUGUCCUCUCUUCAUGCUCAUGACGCCGAUCCUCGAGCAGUGUCGCAAAGCCGUGGGCCUGGGCUGGUUUGCAGUCUAG